AUGGAGUCCGUCCUCUUCCGUCUGUGGGUUCACAGGAGACAGGCCUCGUGGUUGAGACCUUCGAAGUCGACACUCUGGCAUGGGCUCGAAGAUGCGGGCGACGGGUUUCGAUGCGGUAAUCCCUUGAAGCUGACGUCUCGCUUGUCAGAGUACGCUGAUUACGGAAGCAACCAGUCUGAUACGACACCCCAGGUGAACUUGGAGCACUUGACACGCUACGUAGGUAAUUCGAAGCAGGUCUCGAUGACGCGGCUCCACUGCGUCAAGGAGUUGUUUGGGACGUUCGUGAACAGGAUGCAAGCGUACGACUUCCAGGCAGACGUUGGGCUCGUAUUAUUCAGUACGUCUGCGAGCAUGGUGUGCAAGCCGACCCUGAUCACCGAGAACUUCCGUGACCGGGUAAACCAGGCCGAGGCAUCAGGGCACACUGCGCUCUACGACGCGGUUGACCUCGCAGCCAGCGCGCUGGAAGAGUGGCGUGCCGCGUGGCGAGCUGUGCCGGGCCGGGCGGGCAACCCGGCGCUGCGAGUCAUCGUCCUCUCGGACGGCCAGGACACGAAGUCGAGGACCGUGCCGUGGAAGCUAGCGCGCCGGCUGCAGCAGGCGGACAUCCUCCUCGACGCGGUGCAUGUGGGGAGCAACGACAUGGACGACAGCCUCCACGCGAUCGCGAAGAGCACAGGGGGCUACGUUUUCAAGCCGGCAUCCGUGCAAGAGGCUCUCCGCCUGCACGAGCUCGAAGUGGUGCUCCACUCGCCAGAACGCCCACCGCUCGCGCGACGGCCGCCGCCCAUCACCAGGGCGGUGGAUCUCAGGAAGUUCUUCGCCGCCAGGUACCCCGCCGACAGGGCCGACGAGUCGGCGGUGCCCGCGCGGCGGCAGCCCGCGCAGCUCGAGGCCCCCUUCGUCUCUCUGGAGUCGGCCGUGCGCCUCUUGGCGGCCGCCGGCGCGGGGGCGGACGCAGCCGGGCAGGCGCCAGAGCAGCCGCGCCAGGGGGGGGCUGCUCGUCAGCGCCGCCUCCUGCGCGAGAUGCGCGCGCUGAUGCGCGCGCCCCACCCGAACUUCGACGUGUACCCGUGCGAGACGGACCUCGGCUUCUGGCGGCUUGUCCUCGCCAUGGACCAGGGGGCCGACGUCUUCACGCCCUACGCGGGCGGCUGCUGGCUGAUGUACGUGAGCUUCCCCGAGGAGUACCCGGAGCGCCCGCCAGAGGUCCGCUUCGUCACGCCGAUCUGCCACACCAACACCAAUGCUCACGGGAAAAUUUGUCACAGUAUCCUGGGUCGGAAUUACACGACGGACACGCCAGUGUCUUCCAUCCUCGGCUCUGUUUACGCGCUGGUGCUCACGCCAGACACCGAGGACGCGGUCGACACGGCGCUCGCUUUCCAGUCACACGAGGACCCGGACGGCUACCGCCGCAAAAUUGCGGAGCACGUCCAGCAGAACGCAACUGCUCGUAGCCGCGCCGAGUGGCGUUGCCAGCUUGAAGAUAGCAGGAAUACUUAG